UAUCUCCCACCCGCCAAUUAAUGCUCCCUCCUCGGGACCAGCGUCAUCACUUCAAUACAAGGAACCAAAAAAGAGAAGAAGAAGUAAAAAAAAAAACCUUGGAAGAAAGGCACAGCAGUACAGCAGCCAGCAGCCUCAGCUCCCUCGCCAAGCAGAGAGCGCGAGGAAGAAGAAGGAAGAAGGCGCGGACCGGGAUCCCCCCGUCGGGCCCCACAUGGCCGCGCCUUGAGCCCCGCCCCGUCCCGCCCACUCCGGACCCAGGGCACCGAGAUGCCGCCGCGGCGAGCGGCGCUGCUCCUCCUCGCUCUCGCCGUGUAUGUGCCACUGGGAACGGCAAGCUCAACAACUAUCGCGUCGUACUUACUUGGGUUAUGGAGUAGAGCACAUCGGCAUUCUCUUCCUGCCCCUGCUCCAGCUCCAGCUCCAGCUCCAGCCCCUGAAACUCACCGACCUGGUAUUAGACACCCAGUGCCUAGGCAUCACAGGAAAAGGCCUCAUGUUGCCCCACCACUACCACCACCAUCAUCAUCAGAAAGACAAGAUUGCAGUGGGAUUUCCUGUACUGCUCCACUCACAUCUACUCCAAUCGGCUCCCCCUGUGGCUGCGUAUAUCCCAUGCAAAUUCAACUUGAUCUUGUAGUAGCACCAUAUCAGUUGUUUCCAAGAAUUGAUGAGUUAGAAAUUGAGAUUGCAGCAGGAACAUUUCUGAAACAGAGUCAAGUUCGGAUAAUGGGUGCUGGGAGUAGUCUUCAAGAUCCUGAAAAAACUACUGUCACCGUUGAUUUGGUGCCACUAGGUCAGAAGUUUGAUAGGACUUCAGCCUUACUGACUAGCAACAGAUUUUUGCAAAAGAAGGUGCCAAUAAACUCGUCCAUAUUUGGUGAUUAUAACGUAAUAUAUGUUCAUUAUCCUGGCCUGCCUUCUUUGGUCCCUAGUGUUCCAGGAUCCUUGGGCCCAAUAAGCAGUAGCCAAUACCCCUUUAGUGCAAAUGUACACAAUAGAAGACAUCAGAAGAUUAACUCUAAAAGUGUUGCCAUAAUUGCAUUAUCAGCUGUUGUGCUUGUAUUAAUGAGCUUUGGCAUUUGCAUCAUAUGGAAAUAUAAAGGAUUUGAAAAGUCUCGUGGCACUGGUCGUGUUUCGAAUUCGUCAGCCACAAGAAAAACAGGUAUGAGGUCAUCAUUCUCCAGUAUGACCAGCUCGACGGCAUCUUUUGUUUCAACAAUUGCAACAUGCCCACCUACAGUUAAGACAUUCUCUAUUUCUGAGCUUGAAAAGGCCACAGAAAACUUCAGCUUCAACAAAAUAAUAGGUGAAGGAGGGUAUGGCCGUGUUUAUCGAGGUACAAUUGAUGAUGAAGUUGAUGUUGCAGUCAAAUUGCUUACAAGAAAACAUCAAAACAGAGAUCGUGAGUUUAUUGCCGAGGUUGAGAUGCUAAGUCGUUUGCAUCAUCGUAAUCUUGUCAAGCUGAUCGGUAUAUGCAUUGAACGGAGCACAAGGUGCUUGGUGUUUGAGCUUGUUCCAAACGGAAGUGUGGAGUCUCAUCUGCACGGUUCUGAUAAAAUAUACGGCCCACUUGAUUUUGAUACUAGAAUGAAAAUAGCCCUUGGUGCAGCAAGGGGUCUGGCCUACCUACAUGAGGAUGCCAAUCCCCAUGUUAUACACCGUGAUUUCAAGGCCAGCAACGUUCUUUUGGAAAAUGAUUUCACUCCCAAGGUUGCGGAUUUCGGGUUGGCAAAGGAAGCCUCAGAAGGAAUGGACCAUAUUUCUACUCAGGUCAUGGGGACUUUUGGGUACGUUGCCCCGGAGUAUGCGAUGACCGGGCAUCUCCUGGUGAAAAGCGACGUGUACAGCUACGGUGUCGUGCUGCUGGAGCUCCUCUCGGGGAGGAAGCCGGUGGACAUGACGCAGCCGCCGGGGUCGGAGAACCUCGUCACCUGGGCGCGCCCCCUCCUCACCGACCGGGACGGCCUCCAGCAGCUGGUCGACCCGUCGAUGCCGGCGGCGAGCUACGGCUUCGAGAAGCUGGCCAAGGCGGCGGCCAUCGCGUCCAUGUGCGUGCACGUCGAGGCGUCGCACCGGCCGUUCAUGGGCGAGGUCGUGCAGGCCCUGAAGCUCAUCUACAACGGCAACAACGACGACACCUGCACCAGCGGCUCGUUCGGCGGCGGCGGCGGCGAGGAGUACGAGGACGAGGAGGCGUCGUCGCCGUGGAACAACCGCUCGUGGAGCCACGACUUCGCCGCGACGCCGCCGCCGGCGUCGCGCAGGCUGGCGUUCCCGCGGGCUCCGGCCCGCCCGACGACGAUGGACUACAGCUCGGACCCGGCCGACGGGGCGGCGGGGACGUCGUCGGCGUCGGCGCGGCGGCAGCGGUCGACGUCGAGCCUGGUGCUGGACAAGAUCGAGUCGCUGGCGGCGUACGACUGGUCCGGCCCGCUGAGGGCCAGCAGGGGGAGGAACUUCUACAGGCUGAGGGGAAGCAUGAGCGAGCAUGGCGGCCAUCCUUCCGAAGAUUGCUCCAUGGAGGGCUACUGGAUGUAGUAGCUAAAGCUGAGUGAUGAUGAUGAUGAUCAGAUGUUGUCUGCAGAAUUGCAGAUUGCCUUCCAUUUCUUGUCAUGUUCUUCAGUUAACUGUAUAGUUUUCUGCUCAUUUGAUGAUGAUAGGAUUUUGAUAUGAUUGAUGCCAUGCUCUGAACAACAAUCACCACACCACCCCUGGUCUGGCCCUCAUUUUUUCCAUGUAGUGGAUGAACGCACUAAUCAUCAUAUCAUUAUGGCAUUUUGCAACAUUCAUUGCACUAGAAUUUAGCAUUAGUCUAGGCAGUAUCAAACAAGACAUUAGAGCAUGUUGCCAUGUACAUGAACAAAUGGAUAGCACAACAAAAAAAAGUGCCUUAACUACUCAA